GACAGGAGUAAGACAAGGUUGCCGCCUACUAACACCGACCAUCUUCCUGAUUGUGGUCGACAGCACUGAACUGGAUCAUGCAGCAAACUGUGAGGAGUGAGAGGAUGGGUAUACGCUGGCCGGACCGAUGAAAAGACCCUAGAAGAUUUGGAUUUCACCACCGAUGAUGAUUUACAUAUGUCUAACGUCUUGUCACACAAACUCGAUGAUCUGCAGGCGAAAAGCAAGAAGUUUGCAGAAGAGGUGUGGCGAGACAGCGAAGACGGGAAUGACUUCAGAUGAAGGUAGAGAGGACGGAGGUGAUGAAGAUACCCAGUCAACAACAACAACAACAACAAUAUCAACAACGAGGACCAAUCACCAUCAACAGGAGGAAUCAAAAGGAAGUUGUCUCCUCCACCUACCUACUUACCUACCCCCUACCUACCUACCUAGGCAAGGCAGCAUCGUUCCAAUUACAGGUGGUGGCACAGAUGAGGAUGUCAAAGCCAGGAUCGGAAUGACCGACAGCAAGACAGACCUCCCUUCAUUAAUCUGAAAUCAGUGUGAAGAUUUACUGCACUGCACAACACUGCGUUCAGCAUGAAGCGUGAAGAAGAUGCGGAUUCUCAACACUGAUGUCAGUCAAGUCAGUGCUUCUAUGUGAUGGUUGAGAGACUUGGCGGUGCGUUACGAAAAGCAUUUCGAACAAACAACUGCAGACAUGCGUCAUCGACAACUGCCGUCCACGCUCGCUUGUUCACUCGAUACUGACACUGGAGAUCAGAUUGAUGGAGAGAAAGAAUAAGAAUAAGCAAUAAGGAACACAGUGUGGCUAGCUGGUAACGAACGAACCAGGAGACUAUCGCCCAGCAAAUAUGCAGAAGGAGGUGGAGAUGGAUGGGACUGGACAUACACUGAAAAUAUCGUUUGGGAACAUCAAGGCGCC